CUUCAAUAUUUUCAAUUCAAAUAAAAUAUUUUCAAAUACAAGCAAAAAAUACAUUUAUUUUUUACAACUUUCUUCACUAUAAUAAACCAUGAAUUUUAAAAUGGCUUUACUAUUUAGCGUUUUUGUCUAUUUAACACCCUUGGAAGUUUGGUCUUUAAAACGUAUUAAACGUAAUUCCCUAAAGGAUGCUACCAACUCUAGAGUAAAGCAAGAUUUUGUGGCGCUGCAUAAUGGAAAACCAAACUCGGAAGAAAUUGAUAACAAAACCGAUCACAAAGUUUUUGAUACAGGAACUUCAUCUAGUAGCUCCAAAAAUCUUACUUCAGAAUUGAAUAAGAAACGUAACAUUAGCCGACCUUUGGCCGUAAUAUUACGUGAAAGAGAACGGAAAUUUAAUGAACGUCAAAUAGCAGAUCAUAAAGUAACUGGAUUAACAAAUACUUCUCCAGAUUCAAAGCUGGUAAACCAAGCCAUAGAUAAUAAUUUAGAUCAAUCUGUUAUGGAUAAACGUUGUGAUGACCAGGAGCAUUCUAAAGAGACCCAUAAACAUGCCAGGAAUAAACAUUUGCCCCCCAUGUUACAUACGCGAGUUGUAGGAGCACAUGUUAUUAUGCCACCGCAGCCUAUACAAUCAUCUUAUGGACUUUUAAAUCCAAUUGCUUCCCUUGAUGAACUUGUAAAGUUUGGCAAUAUGAUGAUGUUUAAAGUGGGAAUGGAUUCCCUUCCAUAUAUCUCACAAACUAGCCAGCAGUCGUAUUCUCCUAAUUUGCAACAACAAAGACAUUUUUACCGGCAAACAAAUGAACCCAAUUUCGACUAUGUUUUCAAUUCAAUAGAAGGACCACAAGAAGGAGACCACAAAGAUGAGACUGCGAUAAUUUCUAAUCCAACAAUAUUUUUCAAAACCCCAGAUUCAGAUUCUGAAAGUGAACCGAAACAAAUGGCCAGUCUAAUGCAAUCAGCCUUAGAUACCCUGUUGUCCAAUAGCGAUAAAAAUGAAAACGAAAUUGAGUUAAAGUGUCCCAUACAUGUGGAAAAGAAAAAUGCUAAUGAAGAUGGCGUUAUACAAGUCUGUUCAUGCCGUUUCAUAAAGACGGACAAACAGAAAUAAUUUUAAAAGCAAUUAUUAUAACAGCUUUAUUUUUAUAAACUCUUAACUAUUUUU